GGGGAAAGACGCACAUGGCUAAGUUGAUACCUCAGGGCAGUUGAAUACCUCAUCCUGCAUGAAGAUGACUUAUCAGAUACUGCAGCCAGCAGCCAGCAAUCAUCGCCUUGAUCUCUCCUGCAGUAGUAAUCUGUUCAAUCUGUUCAGAGGAUUGAUUAUCGUGUGUCUGUUCUUCAGCACGCACUUCAGAUCUCAAGGACUAUCUAUCUAUCUUAUCUUGGAAUUAAGCACUUACUUAUCUCCAUAUCGCACCCCUCUCUCCCUCCCACGAUCAACUGUCAGGCCUUAUCUUUCCCCCGCCCAUUUCCACCAAGUUGUAGGGGACUGCUUGUGUACAGUGCAGUGACCCCCGAUAUGGUUUCCCCAUGUGGUGCCAUGCAGGCUCAGGCCCAUUCAUUCAUUGUUUCUUUGCUCCUGCAGUGCUCUCCGCCCCCUCCCUUCCUUGGUUCUGCGAGCGGAUAAGAACAGUAGUGAUCUCACUGCUUCCCUC